AUGGGUUCUACGUCAGGAAGAUACAAUCACCCAGUAAUCGGAAAUGUCCAAGGCAACGAGACAGACGGUGUUGUUCAGUUCCUCGGGGUUAAGUAUGGCGUUUUGGACCAUUGGUUUGACAACGCGAGGCUGCCGUCCUAUGAUGGCAGUGGCCUCAUUGCCGUGAAGCAUGGCCCACAAGCCAUAUCGGAUCCUUCUGGGGUUGAUGUCGAACACCUGAUCAUCCAGAAGGCUCUUCCCACACCUGAGCCUCCUGGUUGUUCAGGAACGGAAUGCCUCAAUAUGAACAUUACUGUGCCGCAGGAGGCUUUCCCCUCGAGCAAAUUCCCGGUUAUGGUCUUCAUUCACGGAGGAGGCUUUUUUACUGGUGCCAACUGGUGGCCCCAGGUCGACACUAAGCAGAUUGUCCGACAUUCCAUGCAGCAAGCGAAACCCAUUAUUGCAAUAAAUAUCAACUAUCGCCUUGGCAUACCUGGCUUCCUCACAUCUCUAGAACUACGCGACGCAGGUUUUCGAAGCAACAACGGUCACCAUGACCAACGGGUAGCCUUGCGAUGGAUCAAACAGUACAUUUCUGGUUUCGGCGGGGACCCUGAUCGUAUCACGGUCGCUGGUGAAAGUAUAGGCGGACUCUCCGCACUACGAGCUUUGAGUCCUGACGAGAAGCUCGCAUGGCGUGUUGUUGUGUUGGCUGGUGCACCUCCUCUCAUGACCCCACCCCCGCUUGAAACAGCUGAGCUUGCGUACCAGCAAGUCCUCAAAGCUCUCGAGGUUGAGGGGGGCUCUCCAGCCGAACGAAUCCAGGCUCUGAAAGAUGCAUCCCCCGAGUAUCUAUCUGCAAAGAUAGACAAGGGCAUAAUGUUCAGUCCCUUGGUGGAUGGCGAGCUUAUCCCAUCCCAACCAACAUUCGACGCUAUUCUCAACGGGAACCCACCAUGGAAGAACACUUCCUGCGAGGCUGCCUUUGUCGGCUAUGCCCCUCUCGACGCCAGCGUCCUUGGAAUCAUGGGUCUGUUCCAAAGAAAACUGGGGAUCGGAGCCGCAUUCUCUGACCAUGUGCGGUCGAAUUUGCCGCACCAGUCCCAGGUGGCAGACAAAUUGCUGGAAAUCUACAAGAUCAGAGACGAAAAAAGCGACGAUGAAGCCUUGUUGAGCAUCAUCCAAUUCGCCUCGGAUAUUGGGUACCGUGCAACAGCCCAUGCGUUGGCCAAGGCAUUCCCAGGAGAGUCGUUCCUGUUGCAGUUCUCAGAGCCAAAUCCGUGGGAAGGUCCUUUCAAAGGCCACACCACACACGUCCCUGUUGAUGUCGGUCAUUUACUUCGUAUCCCUUCUGAUGUCAAGCUCCCGACAGAGCCUGAAGAUGAAUUCAACUGUCUCAACCUGGACAUCGUGGCGCCCAAGGAUUUUGCAUCGCCGCAGCAUAGACUGCCCGUCAUGGUGUGGAUUCAUGGGGGGUCUCAAGCCGUCACUUUUGGAAGCGCUGCAUCAGGGCUCUGUGGUUUUUCUGCCCUCGUCAAGGGCUCUUUGAAGCUAGGUAAACCAAUUUUGGCUGUGUUUGUUCAAUACCGACUCAACAUCUUUGGGUUUGGCGAUGAGACGAGCGAAGGGAAUCUGGGCUUACGCGAUCAAGCCAUGGCGCUCGAUUGGGUGCGGCGUAACAUCUCAGGCUUUGGCGGUGACCCUGAUGCAAUAACUCUGGCAGGUGAAAGCGCCGGCGCUGUGUAUUGUCACGCGCAUCUUGCGUGUCGUGCACCUGCGAAGCAGUUCGUGCUGUCGUCAGGCUCAUUGCAUUUGUCGCCCCCUCAACCAGUGGAGAAAGCUCAAUCUGUUCGUCAAACAUUGGCCCGGCAUCUUCGUAGCCUUGGAGACUUCGACUUGCGGACCGCUCCUGUCAAGGUCAUGAUUGAGGCUAUAAAGAUGUCCGGGAUUCAGUCCUGGUUUCUGGUGGCCGAUGAUGUGCUUCAAGACUGGCAGCAAAGCACAGGUAGUUCGGAGAGACUUCUUCUCAGCGAUGUCCGAAGCGAGUCCAUCAUCUGGAGGCAAGGCGUAUGGACAACAAGCAUCGACCGCAUCGACAACGCGUUCAAUUUGGCGGGUGAAUACAGUAGCGAGAUGAAGAGUCUUUACAAUAUCCGCACUGACAGGCCAUCCUCAUGCAGGAUCGGGGCCUUGGAUUUCAUCAACGACUACAAAUUCGUCCUCCCAGUGGAAAAGAUGACGAAGCAAUGGCGUCAAGCACGGAAGCCCGUCUUUCGAUGCCUGGUGGACGAGGAGAACCCUUGGCAACCGUCAAAUGGAGCUCAUCAUGGGAUCGACCUGGUUUUUCUGUUUGGAGGAUUUGAUUUGGGCCUGCCGGACGCAGCAAGGCGGACAGGGGAGCACAUGCGCAAAGCGUGGAUCGACUUCAUCUCCCAACAGGAUCCUUGGCCGUCAGACUCAUAUGCAGCUUUUGGCCCCUUCGGCAUGUACCAUUCACUUGAUGAUAGGGGCCUGGGCUCGCGUAGAAGAAUGCGUCAAGUGGCUUCUCUAAGUCAGCAAGACACGGCUGGGUUGGACAGGGUGUUUGCCGCGCUGGCCACAGGCAACAUCAGCCUCCUCAAUUAG